AGGUUGGCUGCAGACAUACUUGUGUGAGCUCCUGUCGGAGCAGCUCCCGUGAGGAGCACCGUACCCUGCAACGACGUCCAGGAUUUGCCUCCUGGUGCUCGCCCCAUGGCUCCUGCUCCUGCGGCCGUGCGGCCUCCGUGGUGGAAGCUGCCGACCAAGUUCGUGUCCCCACCCUGGGGAGGUCAACAGAAGCAGCAGUGGCAGGCAUGGCGAGACAUCGGCUCUGACGACGACCUCGAGGGGUGGCACCAGGUGGGGCAAACUGGAGGAGGGCCGUGGUGCAGUAAGUGCGGCUGCAAGAAGAACUCCAAGGGCAGCAAGUUCUGCAAAGCCUGCGGCCAUAAGCUCUCGGACAUCAGCCCAGCCGUGGCUGCCGAACCCGCUGGGGUCUGGAGCGAGCAGCGAAGACAGCACGGGGAUGCCGAUGGCAAGGACGGCAAAGGCGGCAAGAAGGGCAAGAAAGGCAAGGACUCGGGCAAAGGUGCGGAGACCCAGCCAAGCUUCCUCGAGCACCUGCCUGGUGCACAGUUCCUGGUGGCCCAGGAGGGCCCCUCGGUGGAGCUUGAGUUCCACGAGCUGGAGCAGCUGGUGGCCACGUUGGAGAAGCUGGGCGACACGGUCAGCCUCGCGAAGCACAGGCGCACCCUUCAAGAACGGCGACGACUCCAGCAGGAGGCGCUCUACGUGCCGCCAUUGUCGCAGAGAGUCACGCAGGCCCACAAACAGGUGCAGGACAUCGCGCAGAAGCUGGAGAAGGCGGCGUUGCACUUCGAGCGGCUCGAGGAGGGCCUCGAGAGCCAGAGGCGGUGGGUCCAAUCUCUCUGCGAGGACAUGGAGUCGAAGAAGGCUGAGCACCGCAAACUGGUGGUUGAGCUCAAUCGUCAGGUGGUCGACAUCAGCCAGGAUUCAACUCCGUCAGUGGCACCCAUCAGUGUGGCUGGAAUCCUGGACGGCUCCAUCGAGGAAAUUCCUCUUUCGUUUGCUGGCCUUGGGUUCGACGACGAGGAAUACGAGAUGGAUGCAAAUGACAAGAAGGAGCUGGCAGAUCGCAGCGCCCGCCUCAAGAGCGAGCUGUCCAACGCCGUCAAGCAAAUGUCCGGGCAGGCGGCAGAGAAGGCCAAACUCUUCAAGGAGGAGCAGGAAGCCAUGGCUCUACGGCUGGCUGGGAAGAGGCGGCGACAGGGCUCAGGCCCCGAAGACCCUGGCUCAGCAGGGGCGGCCGCUGCAGGAUCAGCGCCGAGAGGCAAGGACGGCGAGGCAGCGGACUCCGACGCGACGCGGACUCUGCCUGAGGGGGCAGACCCAGUGGACGCAGGGGCUGAGGGCGAUCGGCGGACGCCCUUGGCCGAGGCAGCUGGAUCUCUUCGACCAGCGGACCGUUUCUGGAGCAACAAGUCCGUGGACCUCGACUGGCCUCAAGUCGGGGGGUUUGGGGCCCCUGCCCUGGCCCGCCCAGACAAGGGGACAACGUUGAUCGGAAGGCAGUACUACAAGCAGCUGAGCGCAGUGCCCGAGGCAGCCCUGCCCGAGCCCUUGGGGCAGAGGCCUGCGGCUACGGGGCUCCCACCCGAUGCUGCAGAUCCCGAGUGGCAGGCCAUCCAGGACUUCAAUGGCAUGAGGGCUGACCUCAGGGACUGGGCUGCCGCAUGGUUUGACUCUCACACGGAGCUGGAGACAGACAGCGGGCACUGGAGGCGUUGGUGCAAGGCUUUCCUGGGCGCGAUGCUCGCGGACGGCGGGAACGAGCCGCUCAGGCGCCUACUGAGGAUCUGGUUCCCAGGCUGGCACUUGGACAAUAUCCUGGACGAGCUGUGCCUCAGUGGCUGGAGACAGUCUGAGCCCCGCCGCAUUGCCUUUCUGGUCAGGCUCAACAGUGCCCAGUAUUUGGAUCGGUGGCGACUCGAGCACGCGCACUGGAGGCAACUGGCGCAGAUCAGGGCCACGUUUCGCCGACUCCUUGGGGACAGAGCUCCUGGAGACCCAGUGCCGCCUCAGAGGCCUGGUGGGGGAAUGGAGUCGGGCCCUAUUCGUCGGCCUGACCCUGAUGACGACCAGGCGAUGGACCACGUCGACAACCUGACGGCGAAGCUGCUCACGCUGUCGCACGCGACCUCGCAGCAGCCUCCUGGCGGCAGGGCCUGCCCCGGCCAAGCCAACCUGCAC